UUCUCUAUUUUAUUGAUCUCAGCUGUUCCAGACUUCCUGGUUCGCGUCUCUUAUCUGAUUUUUCAUUAUUCGAUUAAUGGAAAAGAUGGGUACAACAGAAUCCGAAAUAGAAGACUUGUUUAAUCAGAAGAAGCGCGUCAAGAACCCUUUCGUGCCUAUAGGUGCAUUUCUUACUGCAGGGGUACUGACAGCUGGCUUAAUCAGUUUCAGACAAGGAAAUUCUCACUUGGGUCAGAAGUUAAUGAGAGCUCGUGUAGUUGUCCAAGGAGCCACCGUUGCCUUGAUGGUUGGCACUGCUUACUAUUAUGGGGAGAAAUUUUAAUAGUUUUCAGGAAAUGGAUCUGACUGUGUAAAACUUCCUCACUGGUUUUUAUUAUGUUUUCUUCCAUUAUAUAGGUGGUUUUUUUAAUAAUGUAGAGAAUCAUUCUCCUUUUUAAUUGGGAAAAAGACGCCAAUAUGAACAAAACAUGUCAUCCAACACUCACGCCUAUAGGUGCUGCCCCAGUAAGAAGUUCGCCAGGUGCCGCUACUUCUGUAUGAAGAGUCUUGGUGCAGUGUUGCAACUUAUCUUAAAGAAGCAUUCUUUCCAUGGUGGGCUCCAAAUCUCACCUUUUUUAUUUUCUUUGAAAAUAAAAUCUCAUUACUAUAUCGGAGGAAGUUGUACUCAUAGAUUGUUAUUGAAGAUACUACUGAAAAUUUAACAUUUCAGGAUUGCCACGAGGAUGAAUGGCUGAAUUGGAAUAGAUAAGGACCUUAUUGUUA